GGUGGAAGAAAAAAUUGGAAAAAGUGUAUCGGUGCGCAGUUUUGGAGGCUCGGCGGCGAUGUGAGGGGCUGAUAACACAUUUGAGCAACAAAAGCGAGGGGCAGAGAGAAGGAGAGAGAGAAGGGCCUGUGGGAGAGAAGACACAGCCAUCGCAGAUAAGGAGGACAUUGGACGUUUUCUUUCUUUUCUUUCUUUCUUUUUAUUUUUUAGUUGUUUUUGUUGUUUCCUAGUUGGAGGCGGCGGACUGAGUUCGGGACCGUCUUCUGCCUGAUUUGAUGCGGAGAAUGAGAAGCAGCCGGAUGACGACGGAAGCCAGGAGAAUAUCACACAUGUAGCUCGUUCUGGGUGUCAAUAUUAUCUUCCUUCCUGCUGUCCCGGCCCCGCGGAGACACGGACGGAGACACGGACAGAGACUCGAAGCGUUCCGCCGAUGGAAAGGUUUAUCAUGAGAGGCGACGUGGAGACGAGCCGCGCCACAGCACGGGCGAGCCUUGCGGACACGCCGACUCGGGCUCCUUGUCGCGGGCAGCAGUGAGACGCGAGACCCGGGCUUUCGGAGAUGCAAAUUAGGCUGUUAGUUCUGCCUCCGUUCGAGGUGAAACCCCGCUUUUUGGUGUCCUAACGCACGGUGUGGAUUACAGUUCGGGCGGAGGGGGUUUGUUUGUAAGGAGAGAGGAAAGAGAAAGUGUGUGUGUGAGAGUGUGUGUGUGUAUGUGUGUGUGUGUGAAGCAGGAUCGAGCAGACUGAGGCGGCCUCCGUGUCGUCAGCCACUGUAUCCUGCCCUUUCUCUGACAGCUAAAUACGCCUUAUGGACACACACUUUAUACACCGCUCGCUGCUUUUUCUUUAUUUCUUUUUUUGCAACAAGACAAGAACCCACAGCGAGUGUAAAUGUGGAUAACGUUGUUGCCAAAUCCGUGGGCCAAACAAGGGAUCUAGUCUCGUUUAUUCUAUUUAUUUUUCUUUCUACGUCCCCUCCUCCUCCUCCUCCACCUCCACCAGUACUUCUUCUUCUUCAGCCUCCACCUCCUCCUCCCCUGGACCCCCUUUUUUCUUUUUUCUUGCGGGAAGAUGGGUUGUUUGGGCAACAGUAAGACCGAAGACCAGAGAAAUGAGGAGAAGGCACAAAGAGAAACAAACAAAAAGAUAGAGAAGCAGCUCCAGAAAGAUAAACAGAUAUACAGAGCGACACACAGACUACUACUUCUAGGAGCUGGAGAGUCGGGAAAGAGCACCAUAGUGAAGCAGAUGAGGAUCCUCCACGUCAACGGCUUCAAUGCAGAAGAAAAGAAGCAGAAAAUUCAGGACAUCAAGAAUAAUAUUAAAGAGGCUAUUGAGACCAUAGUAACAGCCAUGAGCACCCUAACACCGCCGGUGCAGCUGGCCUGUCCAGACAACCAGUACCGGAUCGAAUACAUUCUCAACCUCGUCAACCAGAAGGACUUUGAGUUUCCAUCUGAGUUUUACGUUCAUGCAAAAACACUGUGGCAGGACGACGGCGUCCGGGCGUGCUACGAGAGAUCCAACGAGUACCAGCUAAUUGAUUGUGCACAAUACUUUCUAGACAAGAUUGACAUUGUGAAGCAGAGUGACUACACUCCCACAGAUCAGGACUUGCUGCGGUGCAGAGUACUGACAUCAGGGAUCUUUGAGACGAGAUUCCAGGUGGACAAAGUUAAUUUCCACAUGUUUGAUGUCGGCGGUCAGAGAGACGAGCGUCGGAAAUGGAUUCAGUGCUUUAAUGACGUAACGGCCAUCAUCUUCGUGGUGGCCAGUAGCAGUUACAACAUGGUGAUCCGAGAGGACAAUCACACCAACCGUUUACAGGAAGCCCUCAACCUCUUUAAGAACAUCUGGAACAACAGAUGGCUGCGGACCAUUUCUGUCAUCUUAUUCCUGAAUAAACAGGACCUGCUAGCGGACAAGGUGCUGGCAGGGAAAUCCAAGAUCGAGGAAUACUUUCCUGAAUUUGCUCGCUACACUACACCCGAUGACGCGUCACCAGAACCUGGAGAGGAUCCUCGUGUGACAAGAGCGAAGUACUUCAUUAGAGAUGAAUUCCUGAGGAUCAGCACAGCCAGCGGGGACGGGAGGCACUACUGUUACCCCCACUUCACCUGCGCUGUGGACACGGAAAACAUCCGCCGCGUCUUUAACGACUGUCGAGACAUCAUCCAGCGGAUGCACCUGCGGCAGUACGAGCUGUUGUGAUGGGGAGACGAGAGUCGCUCGGCCAAAAGCCCACAACGCGGAUCGGACUAUGGAAAAAAAAAAACAAAAACAAACUAAAAACACCCUGAGUCUCUGAACUCCCCUCUUCCACAGAAGUGUGCGAGCUCUUGUGACAGGACGGGGGCCUAAACACUCACACACAUGCAAACACACACACUGAACCCAAAACGUACCCCUGAUGCAAACUCCCUACCUGAUUUAGAAAAGAGCUAUUUUAACGGAAGGGUUCGAGGGGCUAACGCAUAAAGAGACUCUUAUAUCCACAUGCAGCCAUAAUCCCAGCUCCUCACCUUUCAGCAUUGUCUCUCACACACACACCCACACACACACACACACACACACACACACACAUACACACCUUUGGAAGACCCCACAGCGGCCCAGCGCGGACUGAGUGUUCUGCAGUGUGGAGGGUUUGAGCUACAUCCCUGUUCAUGAGAUCGGGAUGAAAACUAAGAGAGCUACUACUCCAGUGCAACUGGGAAAGAGAUAACUGUUGAAUUACAGCAAAUAGAGAAAUAAAUACGUCACAGCAGAUGAACUGAACACCGUAUCUUACAGAAACAGGAAGAAAACACACGCAUACACACACACACACACACAAGCACUGUGCUCAGGACUCAACUCAAACCAUGUACACCAAACCUUCCUAUCACUUACAGACAUUUUUAAAUCCAACUACAGGCUCGGCUUGCACACGGAAACGUAUCACACCUGCUUCUUACCAGACUGCGCCGUCGGGUGGGCUUGAAUCCCAGAAUGUGCCGAUCUGUCGGCGAGUGGCCCGGUUUGUCAAGGCGCCGGCGGUUUAUCCCGACCGGCGCCCGAAGACUGUAUGGACCGAGCGCGCAGAGCGGCGAGCAGCGGCAUGGCGGCAGAAUGAACGGACCACUGAUGUUUCUGGAGGCUGAGAGGGAGUCGGAGCUCCACAGGAACAGGACAGAGCCCGCUGAGGUCUGGAUCUCCGAUGGAGCGAUCGACAGCGACGACGACGACUUCUCCACUGAACUGUUUUGCCACCUGAACUUUGCCUUGUUGGUUGUGGAGCAAAAAAGAAGAAAAAAAAAACAAGGAGGAUCUGUUGAAUUUACAAACAAAAAAAGAAACAAAAAUACCAACUUUUAUGGGACUUGAAUGGAGGGCAAAAAGCAUCCUUCUGCAGUACAGUACCAUAUAAGUUAAAAAGAACUGUCAUCCUGUUUUACUGUCUCCACAGCUGUUUCUGUCUGUGUAGACUUUUGUGCCAUUGUGCCCUGUGCGCUCUCUUUCUUUAUCUCUGCUCUGUCAUUCUCUCUCUUGUUUUGUUUUUUUCCCCAGCUCUGUUCUUUGUUACGAUUUAACUCACUGUCCACCACCCUCACCUCCUCUCAUCGUCUCCUCCUCUCUCCCACUGCCUCCUCCUCCCCCUUUUGCACUUUUAAUUUCCUGGAAGUUAUUUUUUUUGUUUUAAGAGAAAAUAAAGUAUGAUGAUCCCAAAAAUUACAUAUAUAGAUAUAUAUGAAGUUGAUGACAACAAGCGGGACUUUUUUUUUUGUUUGUUUUAACUCAAGUGGUCAAACAAGUUGCUCACGCCUCCCUGCCAUUCCUCCCUCCAUCAUUCCUCCUUCCUCCCUGACCUCCUGCUCCUUUGUAUGUCUGUCUUUACUUUACUGCUGAACUAUUAUUCUUGUACAGACUGUAAAAUGUAUUAUUUUGUACAACUUUAUUGAAAAAAAAAUAACUUUUAGAAGAUCCCUGUGCCUUGAUCACGACUGUACGUGUGUAAUGAGCUAAAGUGGGUGUCAUACUGCGCUGUAUAGCUUGGCCAAUCCCCCCCUCCUAACUCCCCGGCUUCUUCUUUCUUUCUCCCCCCUCCUCCUCCUCCUCCUCCAUGCCUCACGAUCUCGCUCUCUUCCCUCCGUUUUCUCCCUUUCCUUGGAGAAGGCGGACAACCAUUCGUAGCUUUUGUAGUUUUAUUUCUCUUUUCCCUUCAUCCUCCCAUCCUCUUUAUGAUUUAAAUGUCUAUUUUUGGAGCCAUAUACCCCAAAAAGAUAAAUAUAUGAAAUGUAUAUGGGUUU